UUUUUCAAUUAUUAUAAAAAUACACACAAAAUUAAAAAAAAGGCUAGCCACCUAUAGCCUAGCCAACCCAGCUAAUGAGAGCCGGCCACGGAAGACCGCUAGGCCCGCCCAACGCCCGGGCUGAAACCCCUGCCGCCGGGGUGGUGACUUGGGCGUUUGUACCUAACCCACGCCCCAACCCCCGCCCCAUACCAUACUCUUAAAACGGUAACUUUUCCUUUUGGCUUUCAUAUGAGAUUUUCUAGAUCAAAAGUGUGCUCCUUUCAACCUUCCUCACUUUAGGUACAUCUUCUUUUUACAUAAAAUAGAAAAUUAGUUCAGAUUUAUUAAAAUAUGUUACUAUACUACUAAAAACAUUAACUAAAAUAGGAUUUGUACAAAUCAAGUUAUAUUUUUAUACAUUUACCUUGAAAUAAAAACAACUUCUAAUUUGUAUUCAUUUAUAGCUCAAGUACCACCACUUGAUUCAGUUCUCACUCUAACACACCUAAAGAUCUGCUUAUUCGUACUUACUUUAUUGAAUAUGUGCUCUGGAAUAAAAUGAAAAUUAUGAACAUGAAUAUGAAUAUAUGCCAAAAUUUACCCCUUAUAUAUUUUUUCAAAAAAAAAAUGAGAUGCUUGGCUCUUAUAUUCUCUUAUUAUCUAAUAAGUUAAAAUUAAUUAAAUCAAGUUUUCGCAAUCAUAGAUAUAUCUGCUCUGAGUCUGAAUCUGCCGUGUUAUUUUUUAUGUAUAAGUUAAUAAUAUUACAAGCUAUAUUAAUACAAUACAAUCGCGAAUAAAAUAAUACACCCGGUCCGCUAUAUUCUCUUCAUUUUUAUAGAUAACACAUUAUGCAAAAGACAGAAUUUUUAUAUUUUCUAUUCAGGCAAAAGAAUUUUUUUUUAAACCAUUUUAUUGAAUUUUUAAAUAAAUUGGAAUCAUCGAAAGAUGAAUGGAUGCUGAUUUGUAUUCUCACAAGGAAUAAUAUAUAUAAAGUGACUUCCAUUGUCUUCAUAAUAUAAUUGCAUACUCUUUUCCAGCUUUUUUGUUUUUGAUCUAUAAAUUUGUGCAAGUUUUGAUCUGGAAAAAGCUUUUUGUUGUUGUGUUUUUAUGUUUAGAGAAAGAAUGAAUACUUUGAAGAUUGGUUGUAACCAUGAAAUGGUUUACAAACAUCAACAUCAGCCAUGGCAAGUUGGAAUUACCAUUUUGCCCUCAGAAGUUGUCAACCAACAAGAAGAUCAACAGCAACAACAGAUGACAAGUUAUAGACAACAAACUCCAUCUUGUAGUAAAACUAUCAUGGAACAGAUUGGAUCACCAGCUUCUGCGCUUUUAGCAACCGAACGAUAUUUAGGGUUUUCGCAAAAUGGUGUUCAUCAAUCUUUUAAUGAGGAUGCUGAUGUUCUAUCUGUACCCCAGAUGAAGUUUAAUCAUUUUAUGCACCCUAAAGAAAAUGGGCACUUCAGUUCUUAUGAUAGAUCAUACAAGAUGAGAUGCAACAAUCAAACUGAAAAAGAUCAGAUUAGAGAGCUAAAAAGAAAAUUGCUUGAUGAAUCUGAUGUUUGUGAUUGGAAACAAUCAUCACCCACUGUUUGUUACGAUGGAAAUCCGGAUCUUGGUGGGCAUUUUGGUCAUUCUACACAAGCUUCGGGUCAAGUUUCAGUCAACUGUACAAAUCAAGGAAGUGUUGUCCCAAGUAAAACACGAAUUAGAUGGACACAAGAUCUCCAUGAUCGAUUUGUGGAGUGUGUGAAUUGCUUAGGUGGUGCCGAAAAAGCGACGCCAAAGGCGAUAUUGAAGUUGAUGGACUCGGAAGGAUUAACAAUCUUUCAUGUCAAAAGUCAUUUACAGAAAUACAGAAUAGCAAAAUACAUACCGGAAUCCGCAAAAGCAAAUUCUGAGAAGAAAACCGGCAUGGAUACCAUAUCACAUAUUGAAAAUAUAACUGGGAUGCAAUUUAAGGAUGCUCUACAAAUGCAACUUGCAGUACAGAGGCAACUUCAUGAUCAACUAGAGAUUCAAAGGAACUUACAGUUGAGAAUAGAAGAACAAGCAAAGCAGCUAAAGAAGAUGUUUGAUCAACAUCAACAACAAAAAGCAAAUAAAUCUGAGAAUUCGGAGAUCACAUUUCCGCAUGAUGAUCACCAUUCGACGAAUCUUGAUGAUGAUGAGAUUUUGAAUUUUGAAGAUGAUUACGAAAAUACCUUUUCCACAUCCAAGAUGAGCUAGAUUUCCAUAAAAAAAAAUGCUCAAACCUUUUUGAUCAAAUAUCCAUUUGUGUUUAAGAGUUGUUGGAAAACACAUGAUUGCGCAGUUACAUGAUUAACAAAAGGAGUAUUUGUAGAUGAUCAAGACAAGGGCUUUUUGUGAAUGGACUUCAAAUUCUUAGAUGUAAAAAUGUGUGGAUGUAUUUGACAUUAGUGUUAUCUUGUGUAGAAAUAAAGACCCAACAAAUAAAUAAGAAUUAUGCAA